GCCGCGCGCAGGCAGCCCACAGAGGGGGGCGGCGGCGGCGGCGGCCGCGGCGGCCGCGGGAAGCCGGCGGGGGCGGCGUGCGGCCUAGCAUCUCAGACAGCCUGGUGAAGAAUGUGAUGGGAUCACUAGCAUGUCUGCGGAGAGCGGCCCUGGGACAAGAUUGAGAAAUCUACCAGUAAUGGGGGAUGGACUAGAAACCUCCCAGAUGUCUACAACGCAGGCGCAGGCCCAACCCCAGCCAGCCAAUGCAGCCAGCACCAAUCCCCCACCCCCAGAGACCUCCAAUCCCAAUAAGCCCAAGAGGCUGACCAACCAACUGCAAUACCUGCUCCGCGUGGUGCUCAAGACGCUAUGGAAACACCAGUUUGCGUGGCCUUUCCAGCAGCCUGUGGAUGCCGUCAAGCUGAACCUCCCUGAUUACUAUAAAAUCAUUAAAACACCUAUGGAUAUGGGAACAAUAAAGAAGCGCUUAGAAAACAACUACUACUGGAAUGCUCAGGAAUGUAUCCAGGACUUCAACACUAUGUUUACAAAUUGUUACAUCUACAACAAGCCUGGAGAUGACAUCGUCUUAAUGGCAGAAGCUCUGGAGAAGCUCUUCCUGCAGAAAAUCAACGAACUGCCGACAGAAGAAACUGAGAUCAUGAUAGUUCAGGCAAAAGGAAGAGGACGUGGGAGGAAAGAAGCAGGGACAUCAAAGCCAGGUGUCUCCACGGUACCAAACACAACGCAAGCAUCAACUCCUCCGCAGACCCAGACCCCUCAGCAGAACCCACCUCCCGUGCAGACUACACCUCACCCCUUUCCUGCCGUCACCCCAGACCUCAUCGUCCAGACCCCUGUCAUGACAGUGGUGCCCCCCCAGCCACUGCAGAUGCCCCCGCUGGUGCCCCCCCAGCCACCACCCCCACCUACUCCAGCUCCGCAGCCUGUGCAGAGCCACCCACCCAUCAUUGCUGCCACCCCCCAGCCUGUGAAGACAAAGAAGGGGGUGAAGAGGAAAGCAGACACCACCACCCCCACAACCAUUGACCCCAUCCACGAGCCUCCCUCAUUGGCCCCAGAGCCCAAGACCGCCAAGCUGGGACCGCGGCGGGAGAGCAGCCGACCUGUAAAGCCCCCAAAGAAGGACGUGCCUGACUCACAGCAGCACCUUGCCCCAGAGAAGAGCAGCAAGGUCUCAGAGCAGCUCAAGUGCUGCAGUGGCAUCCUCAAGGAGAUGUUUGCCAAGAAGCACGCGGCCUAUGCCUGGCCCUUCUACAAGCCCGUGGAUGUGGAGGCACUGGGCCUGCAUGACUACUGCGACAUCAUUAAGCACCCCAUGGACAUGAGCACAAUCAAGUCUAAACUAGAAUCCCGUGAGUACCGAGAUGCUCAGGAAUUUGGUGCUGAUGUCCGACUGAUGUUCUCCAACUGCUACAAGUACAACCCUCCAGACCAUGAGGUGGUGGCCAUGGCCCGCAAGCUCCAGGAUGUGUUUGAAAUGCGCUUUGCCAAGAUGCCAGAUGAGCCUGAGGAGCCAGUGGUGGCUGUGUCCUCACCUGCAGUGCCACCCCCCACCAAGGUGGUGGCCCCACCCUCAUCCAGUGACAGCAGCAGUGACAGCUCCUCCGACAGUGACAGCUCCACUGACGACUCUGAAGAGGAGCGAGCGCAGCGGCUGGCCGAGCUCCAGGAGCAGCUCAAAGCCGUGCAUGAGCAGCUGGCAGCCCUCUCACAGCCCCAGCAGAACAAACCAAAGAAAAAGGAGAAAGACAAGAAGGAGAAGAAAAAAGAGAAGCACAAAAAGAAAGAGGAAGUAGAGGAGAAUAAAAAGAGCAAAGCCAAGGAACUUCCUCCCAAGAAGACAAAAAAGACCAACAGCAGUAACAGCAAUGUGAGCAAGAAGGAGCCGGCCCCCAUGAAGAGCAAGCCCCCACCUGCAUACGAGUCUGAGGAGGAGGACAAGUGCAAGCCCAUGUCCUACGAGGAAAAGCGCCAGCUGAGCCUGGACAUCAACAAGCUCCCCGGGGAGAAGCUGGGCCGAGUGGUGCACAUCAUCCAGUCCCGGGAGCCCUCGCUCAAGAACUCAAACCCCGACGAGAUUGAGAUUGACUUUGAGACCCUGAAGCCCUCCACACUGCGUGAGCUGGAGCGCUAUGUCACCUCCUGUUUGCGGAAGAAAAGGAAACCCCAAGCUGAGAAAGUGGACGUGAUUGCCGGCUCCUCCAAGAUGAAAGGCUUCUCAUCUUCAGAGUCAGAGAGCACCAGCGAGUCCAGCUCCUCAGAUAGUGAAGACUCGGAAACAGAGAUGGCUCCGAAGUCCAAAAAGAAGGGGCACCCUGGGAGGGACCAGAAGAAGCACCAUCACCACCACCAUCCGCAGCCGGCCCAGGCCCCACCGCCCCAACAGCCACCCCCGCCACCCCAGCAGCCUCCACCGCCCCCACCACCGCAGCCGCAGCAGCCCCCACCCCCACCACCUCCGCCCUCCAUGCCGCAGCCGGCCCCGCCAGCCAUGAAGUCCUCGCCCCCACCCUUCAUCACCGCCCAGGUGCCAGUCCUGGAGCCCCAGCUCCCAGGCAGUGUCUUCGAUCCCAUCGGCCACUUCACCCAGCCCAUCCUACACCUGCAGCAGCCCGAGCUGCCCCCUCACCUACCCCAGCCUCCUGAGCACGGCACUCCACCCCAUCUCAACCAGCACGCCGUUGUCUCUCCUCCAGCCUUGCACAAUGCACUGCCCCAGCAGCCAUCGCGGCCCAGCAACCGAGCAGCUGCCCUGCCCCCCAAGCCCACCCGGCCCCCAGCCGUGUCACCUGCCCUGGCCCAGCCCCCCCUACUUCCCCAGCCCCCCAUGGCUCAACCGCCUCAAGUGCUGCUGGAGGAUGAAGAGCCCCCUGCCCCGCCCCUCACCUCCAUGCAGAUGCAGCUGUAUCUACAGCAGCUGCAGAAGGUGCAGCCCCCCACGCCGCUACUCCCUUCCGUGAAGGUGCAGUCCCAGCCCCCGCCCCCCCUGCCACCCCCACCUCACCCCUCUGUGCAGCAGCAGCAGCUCCAGCAACAGCCGCCACCUCCACCCCCACCACAGCCACAGCCCCCACCCCAGCAGCAGCCACAGCCCCCACCCCGGCCUGUGCACUUGCCACCCAUGCAGUUCUCUGCCCACAUCCAGCCCCCACCGCCCCCCAGCCAGCAGCCCCCUCACCCGCCCCCUGGCCAGCAGCCACCCCCACCUCAGCCCGCCAAGCCCCAGCAAGUCAUCCAGCACCAUCCCUCGCCUCGACACCACAAGUCAGACCCCUACUCAACUGGUCACCUCCGUGAAGCCCCCUCCCCGCUUAUGAUACAUUCCCCCCAGAUGCCCCAGUUCCAGAGCCUCGCCCACCAGUCUCCACCCCAGCAAAGUGUCCAGCCCAAGAAGCAGGUAAGAGGCCAGUGGGCGGGGUCAGGGCAUCAAGGCCAGGCUACAGUUGGGAAGCCUGGCCACCUCACCGGCUGUGAUCCUAUGCCAUUCCAGGAGCUGCGCCCGCCCUCAGUGGUCCAACCCCAGCCCUUGGUGGUGGUGAAGGAGGAGAAGACCCACUCGCCCAUCAUCCGCAGCGAGCCCUUCAGCCCCUCGCUGCGGCCAGAGCCCCCCAAGCACCCAGAAAGCAUCAAGGCCCCAGUCCACCUGCCACAGAGGCCUGAGAUGAAGCCUGUGGACGUCGGGCGGCCCGUAAUCCGGCCCCCUGAGCAAACAGCACCCCCACCCGGGGCCCCUGACAAGGACAAACAGAAGCAGGAGCCAAAGACUCCAGUGGCACCCAAAAAGGACCUGAAGAUCAAGAACAUGGGCUCCUGGGCCAGCCUGGUCCAGAAGCAUCCAACUGCCCCAUCCUCUACCGCCAAGUCCUCCAGUGAGAGCUUCGAGCAGUUCCGCCGUGUGGCCCGUGAGAAGGAGGAGCGGGAGAAGGCACUGAAGGCCCAGGCCGAGCACGCGGAGAAGGAGAAGGAGCGGCUUCGGCAGGAGCGUAUGAGGAACCGAGAGGACGAGGAGGCACUGGAGCAGGCACGGCGCGUCCACGAGGAAGCCCGGCGGCGCCAAGAGCAGCAGCAGCAGCAGCAGCGGCAGGAACAGCAGCAGCAGCAGCAGGCAGCUGCUGUGGCUGCAGCUGCAGCCCCCCAGGCCCAGAGCUCCCAGCCCCAGUCCAUGCUGGAUCAGCAGAGGGAGCUGGCCAGGAAGCGGGAGCAGGAGCGGCGGCGGCGGGAAGCGAUGGAAGCCACGAUUGACAUGAAUUUCCAGAGCGACCUCUUGUCGAUAUUUGAAGAGAACCUCUUCUGAGAGCACCUAGGUGACUGUGACUUUGAUUUUUCUGGGAAACGUUGACUCUCCAUAGUGUUAGGGCAGUGGAGGAAGCGGCAGCCUGGCCCCUAUGCAUGCUGUGCCCGGGGCGGGCCUGGCGGGAGCAGAGGAGCGUGGAGCCCGCCUGCCUUACAGCCAGCCAGAGGACGUCUGCCCAGAGCACACCUCAAUGGUGUGCGUGUGCCGGCAGGACCUGAGACCCGCGCCCCCACGCACGGGGUGAGAGGCCCUUCUCUCCGCCAAAUGUCUACACAGUAUACACAGACAUCGUUGCUGCCACCCUGACUGGUUUCCUGUUCGUGAGAACGUGACGUCCGUGGCGCCCUGCCCAUUGGAAGUCCUCGCCUACACUGCAGCAUGGCCGCCCGCCCCCAGGAGGCUCGGAUAGGCCCGGUGGGCUGCUGGGCAGGGCACCGGCCCACCCCCUUGCUGGCACUGACUUUGCCUUGAACAGACUCCCUCCCCUCCCCCCACAAGCCUUUAAUCGAGAGCCGCUCUCUGUAAGUGUUCGCUUGUGCAAAAGGGAAUAGUGCCGUGGAGGUGUGUGUGUGUCCGUGGCCUCUGGGACGGAGGCGGCCAGCCGUGCGUGCGUGCGGGCCUCGCCCCGGGAGCAAGGCCGCCAACCAAAGUCAGUUUCUUCCCACCUGUGUUGCUGGGUUUUUGUUUUUGUUUUUCUAUAUAUAUUUUUGUUGUUGAAAUCUAUUUUAUUUUUAAUUAUCUCCUGUCCAGACACAAUGGCACUGCUUCUCUUGGAAAUGGUGUGCUGGUCUUCUCGGCCAGGGCGUGACCGUGGCUGUACUGUGUAGUGAACAUAGCUGGCAUAUCUUUGUUUGAAGUUUGUUGGUGACUCCACCAAACUGGUAUAAAAAAGGAAAAAAAAAACACAAAAAGAAAACAAAAAAAAAAGGAAAACAAAACAUACAUACAAAAAAAACUCCUGCCUAUAUUUUAUUCAGUUUCAAACUUUUAUUAGUCUAUUUUUAAUUAAUUAUGAAAUCAAAACGCUGAGAUUUCUUGUCCUCCCUUGCCCUCAUUUGUUGGCUUUGUUUUUAAUGUCAAAUCUUUUUUUUACCAAGAAAGGAAGGAAGGGGGCUGGGGAUAGGGUGGGCCCGGGGCGACCUGGUGGGAGGCCGAGGUCCCCUCCCCGCACCCUGUCUGAGUCUGAUUGGCCAGCCGCUUUCCCAUCCUUUUUUUCUUUUUCUUUUUCUUUUUUAAAUUUUAUAAUCAAAACCCUUGGUGAGGUUAUGCGUGCCAUGAGAACCCACUCAACACCAUGACGCUGGUGCCUCAGUGUUGGCCAAACUCGGGAGUCACUGACUGGUUUGACUUGGAUAUGGUGAACAUGCAUCUGUACUGAUCAUGGAAUAAACACGUCUCUCUUUUUUAA